CUGAUGAAGAUCACAGAGAACUUCCUGAGGAGAAUGAAGCAGGAGGAGCUGGCUGAUCAACUGCAGAGCAGAUCUGCUGCAGUUUGUCGACAUAAAGUCCAAUCUGGUCUGAAGAAGAAGUUCCAGUGUGUGUUUGAGGGAAUCUCUAAAGCAGGAAACCCAACCCUUCUGAAUGAGAUCUACACAGAGCUCUACAUCACAGAGGGAGGAACUGGAGAGCUGAAUGAAGAACAUGAGGUCAGACAGAUUGAAGCAGCAUCCAGGAAAGCAGACAGAGCAGAAACCAGCAUCAGACAAGAAGAGCUCUUUCAACUCCCAGCUGGAAGACAAGAACCAAUCAGAACCGUGAUGACAAAGGGAGUGGCUGGCAUCGGGAAAACAGUCUUAACACAGAAGUUCACUCUGGACUGGGCUGAAGGCAAAGCCAACCAGAACAUCCACUUCACAUUUCCAUUCACUUUCAGAGAGCUGAAUGUGCUGAAAGAGGAGAAGUUCAGCUUGGUGGAACUUGUUCAUCACUUCUUCCCUGAAACCAAAGAAGCAGUAAUCUGCAGCUUUGAAGACUUCCAGGUCGUCUUCAUCUUUGAUGGUCUGGAUGAGUGUCGACUUCCUCUGGACUUCCACAAGACUCGGAUCCUAAAUGACCCUAGAAAGUCCACCUCAGUGGGUGAUCUGCUGACAAACCUCAUCAGGGGGAACCUGCUUCCCUCUGCUCGCCUCUGGAUAACCACACGACCUGCAGCAGCCAAUCAGAUCCCUGCUGAGUGUGUUGACAUGGUGACAGAGGUCAGAGGGUUCAAUGAUCCACAGAAGGAGGAGUACUUCAGGAAGAGAUUCAGAGAUGAAGAGCAGGCCAGCAGGAUCAUCUCCCACAUCAAGAGAUCCCGAAGCCUCCACAUCAUGUGCCACAUCCCAGUCUUCUGCUGGAUCACUGCUACAGUUCUGGAGGAUCUGCUGAAGAGCAGAGAGGGAGGAGAGCUGCCCAAGAGCCUGACUGAGAUGUACAUCCACUUCCUGGUGGUUCAGGCCAAAGUCAAGAAGGUCAAGUAUGAUGGAGGAGCUGAGACAGAUCCUCACUGGAGUCCAGAGAGCAGGAAGAUGAUGGAGUCUCUGGGGAAACUGGCUUUUGAGCAGCUGCAGAAAGGAAACCUGAUCUUCUAUGAAUCCGACCUGACAGAGUGUGGCAUCGAUAUCAGAGCAGCCUCAGUGUACUCAGGAGUGUUCACACAGAUCUUUAGAGAGGAGAGAGGCCUGUACCAGGACAAGGUGUUCUGCUUCAUCCAUCUGAGUGUUCAGGAGUUUCUGGCUGCUCUUCAUGUCCACCUGACCUUCAUCAACUCUGGACUCAACCUCAUGGAGGAAGAACAACAGAAAAAGUCUUGGUUUUCUAAAUUUUUUGAAAACAGUCCAGCCCAGUUCUACCAGAGUGCUGUGAAUACGGCCUUACAGAGUCCAAACGGACACCUGGACUUGUUCCUCUGCUUCCUCCUGGGUCUUUCACUGCAGACCAAUCAGAGUCUCCUACAAGGUUUGACGACUCAGACAGGAAGUAGCUCACAGACCAAUCAGAAAACAGUCCAGUUCAUCAAGGAGAAGAUCAGUGAGGAUCUGUCUGCAGAGAAAAGCAUCAACCUGUUCCACUGUCUGAAUGAACUGAACGAUGGUUCUCUAGUGGAGGAGAUCCAACAGUUCCUGAGUUCAGGACGUCUCUCCACAGAUAAACUGUCUCCUGCUCAGUGGUCUGCUCUGGUCUUCAUCUUACUGUCAUCAGAAGAAGAUCUGGAAGAGUUUGACCUGAAGAAAUACUCUCGUUCAGAGGAGGCUUUUCUGAGGAUGCUGCCAGUGAUCAAAGCCUCCAACAAAGCUCUACUGAGUGACUGUUUCCUGUCAGAGAGAAGCUGUGCAGCUCUGUCUUCAGUUCUCAGCACUCAGUCCUCCAGACUCAGAGUUCUGGACCUGAGUUACAACAACCUGCAGGAUUCAGGAGUGAAGCUUCUGUCUGCUGGACUGGAGAGUCCACACUUUAAACUGGAGACUCUCAGGUUGGAGGACUGCAGUUUGUCAGAGAUCGGCUGUGAAGUUCUGGGUGCAGUUCUGAAGAACAACACGUCCAAACUGACAGAACUGGACCUGAGCUACAACAUCAUCCAGGAUUCCGGAUUUCUUCAUCUGCAUGGUUUUCUGGAGAGUCCAGACUGCAGACUGCAGACUCUGAGGUUGAGGAACUGCAGUUUGUCAAAGAUCAGCUGUGCUGCUCUGGUAUCAACUUUGAAGGCUAACCCAUCCCACCUGGCAGAACUGGACCUGAGCUUAAAUGACCUGCAGUCUUCAGAUGUUCGGCAGCUCCAGGAUCUGGUGGAGAGUCCAAACUUCAAACUGCAGACUCUGAGGUGGUAUUGCUAUUGAGUCUGAUGUUCCCUUAUUUUGGAGCAGAGGGGAUGAUCGUCGUCGUCGUCAUCAUGAACUGAUCUGAGAUCAGCUCCACUGUCUCGCUCAGCAUCAAGUGGACAGUUUAUUGUGCUGCAGCUCCCCUGGUGGACUGAUGGAGAACUGCAAUUCAUCUUCUCAUUCUAACUUGGAGUAUUGGGAGGUCUUCUGCUUCUCUUCUCUCUCGUAUUGGGAGUUUGUCUUAACUUUGUCCACAUGCUCUAUGCUCUAGUUGCUAAUGUCAUCCUUCCUGUCUGUUGUCUGUGUUUCUCUGUACAUUUUCAUGAGGGAGCAGCUGUGAAUAUUUCUGCACUAAAGUCAGUUGAACAAACAAACAACUACUGAUCAAUCAUUGAUCAGUUUUCCCCUCAUGUGUCCUGAAACUGUUUAUCUGAAUGAUUUGUGCUGGUGAUUCAUCAGAUUCAGACAUGAUGGUUUCCUGCAGAAGCUCAGAAGUCUUUUCUGGUGUUUCUUGGACUCCUGCACGUCUCUGUACCACAGAGUGGACCAGCAUUCUCUGAACAUCCUUCAGCUGGUCCAGAAAGCAGCAGCAUGGCUGUUGACCAGAGAAAGAAAACCUUCCAGCAGUUCUGGCCUCAGGAUUCUCCAUCCAUCCAUCCAUCCAUCUUCUUGACCGCUUCCUCCCUUUCGGGGUCGCGGGGGUGCCGGAGCCUAUCCCGGCUACUGAUGGGCGAAGGCGGGGUACACCCU